AAGCGAGGAGCGGGAGGGCCGGAAGCCCGCGCCGUGGGGAGGAGCCGGAGCCGGGCCGGAGCCGGGGAGCUGAGCCCAGUACCCAUGACCGGUGCUCUCCUGUCCACAUGCACAGGAGACGAUGCGGUUUUGCUAAGAACUACCACAGUUCCAAGCUUCUGAGGGGUUGUUACGAACUGUGAGUCAAAGAGCCCUUUGGUGACAGAAUGACAGUAUGGAUGUUGGGGAUAGUCCCCUUCUCCCAGACAGCAUCCUCUAUGAGAUUUUCCUGUACCUGGACCACGUAGAUGUGCUCUCGGUGGGGUUGGUGUGUCGGCAAUGGCAUGCGGUGGCCCGGGAUGAGUUCCUGUGGAAGGAGCUGUUCUAUAGAUACUACAGGGUCUCUCGGGAAGUGCCACGGCACCCAGCUGCUGUUUCCUGGUACGAGGACUUCCAGAGGCUCUAUGACACCAUCCCCUGUGUUGAAGUGCAGACCCUGACGGAGCACAAUGACCAGGUCUUACACCUUAGCUUCUCCCACACAGGUUACCUGUUUGCAUCCUGCUCCAAGGACUGCACAGUUAAGAUCUGGAACAACGAGCUGGCCAUUUCCCUGCUCCACAGCUCCAACAUGAGGCUGUACAACUGGAGCUACACCCAGUUCUCCCAGUUCAACUCGGAUGACUCCCUCCUCCUGGUGUCAGGGGUCUUUGUGGGGCCUCGCAACUCCUCGUCAGGAGAGAUCGCUGUCAUUAGCCUGGAGAACUUCACGCUCCUCUCCAGGGUGAGGAAUAAACCCUAUGAUGUGUUUGGCUGCUGGCUGAAUGAAACCAACUUGAUUUCCGGCAACCUGCACCGAAUUGGGCACAUCACCUCCUGCUCUGUGCUGUGGCUGAACAAUGCCUUCCAGGGCAUAGAGUCUGAGAAUGUGAAUGUAGUGAAGAGACUGUUCAAAAUCCAGAACUUGAAUGCCAGCACUAUCCGGACAGUGAUGGUGGCAGACUGCAGCCGCUACGAUGCCCCGGACCUGCUCCUGGACUACAAGGAGCAGCUGGCUGCUGCUACCUCUCCCUACCAGGUCUUUGACCUUGGCAGUGACAGUGAGGAAGAGGAGGUGAAGCCCAAGCAGAAAGUGAUGCCAGAGCCAGUGGCGCAGGCAUCACCGGGUGGUGGGAGCGGGACAGCAGAGGAUGGGCUGCAGCAGUUCCUGGAUGACAUCCUUGAAGGCCGUGUGAUGCCCGUCCUGAGUGAGAGAGAGCUGGAGACGAAGGUGGCAGAGCUGCUUGCUAGGAACCGGACUAAACCGCCUGAACUAACCCAGCUCCCCACAGAAGCCAGCAACAAGAAGAAAUACUUAAUCUUCACCACAGGAUGCCUCACCUACUCUCCACACCAGAUAGGGAUUAAGCAGAUCUUGCCUCAUCAGAUGACGACUGCUGGACCGGUGCUUGGGGAGGAGAGACGUUCGGACGAGUUCUUUGAUUCGCUGGAUCAUGUCAUCGACAUCCACGGUCACAUUAUUGGGAUGGGCCUUUCUCCUGAUCACAGGUACCUGUAUGUGAACAGCCGGUCCUGGCCGCGGGACUGUGUGAUCUCUGAUCCCAUGCAGCCACCCCCCAUCGCAGAGGAGAUUGACUUGCAUGUGUUUGAUCUGAAAACUAUGAAGGAGGUGAAGCGAGCCCUCCGCGCGCACCGGGCCUACACCCCCAAUGAUGAAUGCUUCUUCAUCUUCCUUGAUGUCAGCAGGGACUUCGUAGCCAGUGGGGCAGAGGAUCAUCAUGGCUACGUUUGGGACCGGCACUAUAAUAUCUGCCUGGCCAAGCUGCAGCAUGACGACGUGGUCAACUCGGUGGUAUUCAGCCCCAUUGAGCAGGAACUGCUCCUGACAGCCAGUGAUGACACCACCAUCAAAGUGUGGCGCUCCCCCCGCACAGUGCGCAUCCACCAAGCCAGGAAACCUAAGCCCCGGAAGCUGCUCUUCUCCUGGCUCAUGAACCAGAAGAGCUGAGUCAGGCACCUGCUCAUGCUGCUGCCUCACUCCAGCCACACCCUUUAUUGUGCUUUGGACAGUGGGAGCGUAGAUGGAGAGUAGCUGUGUGCAAAAGGUCCUGGAAGGAUCCUACCCCAAGAGAGAACCUCGCGCUCCCGCCAAUGGCUCGCAUCUGACAAAACUGUUACAAACUGCAGCCUGUGAGCUGGGUCCGAUCUGGGCCUUAGCGGGUCACUGCAGGGCAAAUUCCCCGUCCACAUCUCACCAGUGCUGCUAGGCGGUCACGCUACUUGCAGCCAAGCUUUGGUCACUGAUCAGCACAGACUCUGGUGGCUUAUUUUUCUUCGAGAGCUUGGGAUCUAGCCUCACUGAGAGCUGUUGGCUCCAAAGCAGUUGGCCAAAGGGAAAUGUCGCAGCACUGCUCUUGUCACAACUGGACUGUUUUAGUAGCUGUUUUAUUGAUGUCUGUUUGCAGGAGGCGCUGACAGUGUUACUGGUUAGCUAGGUCCUGAAUACAAACUGGGAAGCAAAGAGACUUUCAAAAACGGCGCUCGCUCUAGAAGGGCACAGCAUUAUGGCACGUGCAUUGGCUUGCCAGCACUAAGAUUCUGCUGACGGCAGCUAGCAACUUUCUGCCCCACAUCUCCACCUCGGGCCUACCAGAGCCCAAGGCAAGCCUCGGUUGCUGCUUUCCAGUAGCUGUGAGCCUAUGCAUCUCCACCACUGGCUUCCACACAAGGGUACGUGGAGAGCUGGUGAGUCACAUGGGACAGAUCUUGAUGAGCUGCUAAAUAACAUUAAGAUGCUACAGUUGCGUUGCCUAAUGUGGUGUUUUCCAGGCAAUCCACUGCAUUGGUGAUCACAAAGCUGAGUUUCCCCCUUCAGUGAGGGCAGCUUAAGGGCUAGAGUUGGCCAUGAGUGUAGCUCAUGCUGUGACAGUUGGAAACUCUUGGUAUUUGGUCUGCAGGACAUAGCAGGUGCCUAUGCCAUCCCAGCUGACACUGAGUUGCUCACUAACUGCUACCUGGCUGAGACCUGUCCAAGUGCUCUUUCACUGGGGGAGACUUCUCCCUGCUAUGGUACUGGCCUCCCCAAGCACCUUUAAGUUCUCAUCUAACAAAUCAUCUAAUGAAACAAUGAGUCAGUCUUUGCUGUGCUUGGUCAUGCUGCACUCCUGGUCUCACCCAAGUCCCCUAGAGCUGGGUGUGAUGAGGCAGCCUGGGGAAGCCAAGACUGAUGGGGGCUUCUAAAGCCAGCAGUGGGAAAUGAGGGGAAAAUAUCUCACUUCCAGUAGCUGGACCUGGUCAAAGCUGAUCCCUCUUUAAGAACUAGUUUGUCUUUGAAAACAGCCCUAGGAUUUUGACUGGGUGUCUGAUCUAGGAUCCAAAUUCACAGGCCAGGAUUUCUGAGGUGCUGGUAACCGCAGCUCCCAGUACCUUCAAGCUGCAUGUCUCAGCAGCUUUGGACAUAGCAGGCUGGAAUUUGGAGGCCUCUGAACUGGGAAGCAGUGGCUGUGGCCUGCACAGCAGGGACGGCUGGGGAGGAAGAGAAAGUUGCGUACUUGUUCGUUGUCUGUACGCUCUGCUUUCGGUCAGUCCUCUGUGCUGCAGCCUCUGUGCUGUGUGGACACGGAGGGUUUGAAUUCCUCUUAUGCGGGCUGGCAAGAUUAAUAGUGUUGCUACCCUCCCCCAGCAGCAGGCUCCAGGGGCUCUACCCCCAUCUCCCCAACUGCAAUUCACAUACCAGGUCUGUCUUGUCACUAGCAGCAACAACUGCCCCAGAGAGCAGGGAGUUUGUGUCUGCAAAUGGUUUGGAAAACAUGGAUACUUCCCUUGGA